AUGAUUUCAAAUGCAUGUGGCCCGAAAUCCCGCAAGCAUAGCAAGACUUUCACCGGAUGCUGGACAUGUCGUGCAAGGAAAGUCAAGUGUGAUGAAAAGCGUCCGGAGUGCAUGCAAUGCGUCUCCAAGAAGCUUGAGUGUGCGGGAUAUGGGCUCCGGCUCCACUGGUUACCUCCGGAGCAAGGGAUGGCCAUCUCACGUCAAGACGCGCGAGAUCUGUCGCAUGUUCGAUCGCAAAGAAGCCAGAUUCCAUUUGAACCAAACCAUCACGCGCUCAACGACGAUCAGUUAGACGGCAUCCUAGCCUCUAUCGAUGAAUUGGAGCCCCCUAACGUUUUUGACUCGUCCACUGACCCUGAAACUCUGAUUAUCCAUAAUUUUGGUGUUUUCGACCUUUGCCCUAGUCGUGCCGAUCCGCCAGAUGGCUUCGACCAUUCUAUUGAUCAAGAGUUCCCAAGCCGUGCAACCUGCUAUGAUAGUCCAUCCUUUCUCAGCGACCAAAGCUCGUCGGCGAUCCACCCAAAUCAUACCGAUGCUACUUUUCCGUUUGCGACGGAUUUUCUGGAAAGCCUCGAUGCUCCUGGGCAUACAGUUGUCGAUAAACGAGCUGUACGGAAUACAGCUAUCUUUCCAGGGUCCGCGCCAGAUUGGGAUCGUCAAAAGUUAGAUCAAACAUCUUGUGACAUACAAGACCAUAAUGACAGUCAAAGGAAUAUGCCGCGUGUCAACUCUCAGCUUUUCCGUUGGCACGAGCCUAAUGGCUCUAUCAUGUUCAAUCCUUCGCCCACUUACCUAUCGCCGCUUGAACAAUUUUUGAUCCAUCAUUAUAUGUCCCGUGCCAUACGUCUCUUCUGUGUUAUCGACAAUAAGAAAAGUCCUUGGCACAGGAUACAUUUAAAAAGAACUCUUCAGGGUACUGGCCAAAUGAAUAUCCAAGGCUCAACUUCGAACAUUCAGAACGCUCUCCGAAACGCUCUCCUCUCCAUCAGCGCUUUUACCUUGUCAAAUGAUAGCAGAUCGCGUGGGUACCAAGAGGAAUCCACCAAGUGGACCAAUGAAGCUAUGAUAUUUCGGGGUCAGACCUUUAGGCUACUCAAAGACUCAGUCGAACAUGGUUUCGAGUAUGAGCCUUCGCCGAAGUAUAAAGACUACCUCGCCACUAUGUUGUCCAUGAUUUCAAUCAAUGUAAUGUCGGGCGAUACAAGUACCUGCGGAGUUCAUUUGGACGGUGCGUUCCAUUUCAUGAAGAGCGCCCGUAAUUGGAAAUCAAACUACUCUCCUAAGGCAAGGUCCCUUCACCAAAUAUACUUUUAUCUCAGGACCAUAUAUGAAAGCACAGCCAUGAGGAAUCAGACUCAAGGUUCUUUUCAAUCAUCCAAAGUAAUGAUACCCGAACUAUUUGAAACAGGAGCAACUGGGCAGGUUGAUCGAUUGUCUCGGUCACUUUCUGGUCAUUCUCAUGAACCUUGGGCCGAAAUCAAUUUCGUAUCGAUAUAUGGCGUCCCGCAGCACUUGCUUGUCUUACUCGGGAAAACAACCGAACUGACGGUGUCACUAACAAAGGCCCGAGAAGCAGGUGAAAAUUCCAAAGUACCCAGUGAGCUCUCUGCAGAAUGUGAUGAUCUCGAAAGGGCGAUUAUGGAUUGGUCUUUGGACCAAGAGCUCGAUCGAUAUCUUGCGGGUGAUGUAGAUUCAAGCUUAAAUAUCAUCCGCCAGACAUCUCGUGCUUUUCAUAAUGCACUAAUCAUAUAUUUCGCUCAACACGUUCGUCUCGUCGGCUACCGGUAUCUUCGUUCACAUAUUGAAGUGGUGCUUGACUGUAUUGAAGCAAUCGAAAAAAUAAAAGAAGAAUCAAAUUGUUUCGCGGCGCCUUUAUAUUGGCCUGCCUUUAUAGCAGCCAGCGAGGCAUUUGACGAGCAGUUCCAAAAUAGAUUCAGAGCAUGGUACGAACGAGUUGAAUUGUAUGGAAUUGCAGCUGUAAGGACUGGAAUCAUGGUGUUAGCUCAAGUCUGGAAGAAUGGCCCCGAUGUAUUGAAUCAAACAACAAGCCAUUGGCGGAUGGAGGUUAAACGCAGUAGUUCAAUUUUGAUGCUGAGCUAGGUUAUUUAUUCGGCCCAAUUAAGCUACAUAAUAGAGAUAUGGAUCGCUA